GAAGUGGUGUGCGAUUUGCCUGGGAGUAUCAACAACACCAAAACAGGAACGACAUCGAUUGGGAAUAUUUUGAUUUACUGUAAUCAGUUUAUUUUCACAAAUGAAACGCUGGUCUACCCUUGUUGGACGUUUCAUCAUGUUAGCACCAGUUAGAACUGUGAGCACUGAGAGUAGGAGAUGUCCUCUGUUAACUGUUCAGCCAUGUCGAGGAAUGGUGGACGAGAAAAUUCAGAUUAUCAUAAGGAAUUUACUGCCCAAUCAAGAGGUAACGCUACACUCUCUACAUCAGUCUGAAGAUAAGGACUUCUGGGAGGCUUUUGGACACUAUAUCAGUGAUAAACAUGGAAAAGUAACAGUGGCAAAUGAUGUAAGUUUGGGAGGCACGUAUGAAGGCACAGAGCAGAUGGGUUUGCUGUGGAGCCUAAGGCCUGUACCAGGAAGUAGACCUGCUCUCAGGUUGCGCAAGAAGAAUGUACUCACACCGAUGGUAGUUAACAUAUCAGUCUACAGUGGGCAUCUGUCUCAAGGAUUCAGUCAGACCUCUGCGCUGGCCAGGACUGUCACAGAGCGCUGGUACAUGGCACCAGGUGUACAGAGGGUGGACAUAAGAGAGGGCUCUGGGCCAUAUCCAGGAGUGCUGGACCUAUGGGGAGGAGGUGGUGGAUUGAUUGAAUAUCGCUCUGCUCUGCUUGCAUCUCAUGGUUUUGCAUGUAUGGCACUUGAAUACCUCGCUCCAGCAAUGCUGAAAUUGACUGAUGUUAAUAAUACAUACUUUGAGAAAGCAUACCAGAUCUUGCAAAAUCAUCCAUUAGUACAGAAGGACAAGAUGGCAAUGCUAGGGUUGAGUUUUGGAAGUGCCAUCACAUUCAGUAUGACUGCCUACUCCAGAGUCAUUAAGCCCCAGUGUUGUGUGUGUAUCAGUGGAAGUCAUGUGGUUCCUGUUGAUAAAUGCCUCUUCAAAGUCAUUGAGGACUUCACAGGUCUUGUGGAUAAAGUGCCAGUGAAUGAGGACAACCACUUAAUACACAGAGACAUGCUCUUGCCGAUUCCCUCAGACCCAGCUCUCAAAGUAGACGUUGGGAGAAUAAAGUGUCCUCUUUUGUUGGUAAAUGGAACUGAUGAUCAGAAUUGGCCUACUGUUGAAUCUGCUGAAGACAUUGAGAUGAUAAUGGAGAAAGCAGGAAAUCGACACCUGCUGACGGUCUUGACAUACCCUGAUGCUGGUCAUCUGAUUGAACCUCCAUACACACCUCACUUCAGAGCAAGUAACUUCAUCCUGUAUGACACGAAGAAGAAAGUUGUCAUGCUGUGGGGUGGACAAACUAAACCACAUGCAUACGCUCAAGAGGACUCAUGGAAGAAGAUUUUAGCAUUUUUACAAGAGCACCUCUACAGUUCAAACGUUAAGGCCAAACUGUAAUUCCUUCAUUUGAAACUGUGCUGUAAAGUAUGACCAACUAUAUUUCAAAAUGCUGUUAAAUGCAAUGAUGAUGCUGCCAGUACUUGAUGUUACAUUUCACUUUGGUACUUGUAUUGAAUAAAAGAGGAUCUAAAGUAUAUUUUUAAGUAAUACUUUUGUAGCAGACACAUGUCAUAAUGCAUUAUUAAUGAUUGUAAUAAUUAUAUAUGUAUAAAGAAACGAGUCAUUACAUGGUUGUGGUAACAUUGCCAAAUAAAUGUAUUAGAUUUUGUUUGUAGAGAAAGAUACUUAGCCUUAAUUUUGAUACUACAUUUUCUGCUUCUGUAACAACAAUCUACCUCAGCUUAAAAAUAAAAGCAUAAAUAAUAAUUUGAGAUUAUUUCAUCUAAUUUAGUUGGAGAACAAUAAUGUCUAUUUUCUAAAGUGAGUAUAAUGAUUGUGAGUGUUUUAAACAGGAAAUUAUGUAUGCAAUCCAGAAGAUUUGAAAUAAUUUGGAUGAAUUUGAAAGUUUUUGCUAUAACAGAAGUAUGUUUUAUUUGUACUUAUGGUGAAUCGCUGAAUGAGUGACUGUCAUAGUAUUUAUGGAUGUAAUUAAAUAUUGAAUAAUUAACUUGUAUGAGUUGUAAA